UUGACGGCCGGAAAUUCCUCAGUGACGAAGAAUCUAAAUACCCGUUUCCCAUAAAUGACAAACCCGAGCUUAUUAGGAGUCGAAUGACACAUUAUCUGACCAAGAGCGUUUGGAAAGGAAAUUUUUCUGCUCCCGGGAUGGACGAGCGAUUAAAAAAGGGCGCAAAAGUGUUGGACGUUUGUUGCGGACUGGGAUUUUGGACAAUGGACUUGGCCAACGCCUAUCCAAACUCGACAUUUGUAGGCAUUGAUCUUGCCCCGAUGUUUCCGAACGAAGAUGUGCGCCCACCGAAUGCCGGAUUCCUUGAAUGCAAUAUACUUGACGGCAUACCCUUUCCGGAUGAUACAUUUGACUUCGUGUAUCAAAGGUUCGUGUGGUCUGCCUUCAACGAAUUCCAAUGGCGAAAAAUCAUACAGGAAUUGGUUAGAGUGACAAAGAAAGGUGGGGUACUUGAGUUAAUGGAAUUUGACUGGGGAUUCAAGAACCCAGGGCCUAAGACGCAAAA